GAGAUUGAAUGAGUUUUAGUGUGGUGAGUUGGAAUGUCAUACACACUGUUUGACAUUUGUAUACAAUUUUGCCGCUGUUUUUAUUGCUGCUGACCCGUUUGGAUCAUGUAAACAACUCAAUUUCACAAUGAAGUGAAUUUAUUCGAUUUUGUUUAUUUAGUUCGGUGAUUUUCUGUAUCAAAGUGCAAUGUUCAUUUGGUAAAUUAUUGAAAGUAAGCUUUAUAUCAGAUUUUAUCGCGUAAAAUGGAUUUCAAAAAGCCACAAACACUGAAGCGAUACAGUGACGACGGAGGUUCACCGUGCAAUAGAAAACGGACAAAAUUGCUGUCAACGACAAUCGCAACACCGGAACUACGCAAAAAAGAUGCCGAUCCAUUUGAUGACAAUUUCUCGCAAUUCUUUCGAUCACAAUUCAUUCGGCAAAUCGACGCCGAUACAUCGAUUGCACAGAAUGUUUCAGAUAGCAAACAUUCGUCGACAAGUGAAUAUAAUUUCACACAAAUCGAUGGUUUGUCACAGUUUUUGAAUGACAGCCAAUUCGAGAAUUCAAUCACAUCCGGACAACGGUGUGCAGUUAACGAAUCGACUGUGAAAGGAAAAGAAGAUAAAGACGUUGAAGCUGAUCGAAAUGAUAAUUGGCAAUUCACAUUGGAGGAUCAAAUUGAAUGUUUUAACGAUGGCAAAGAUGGCGAGAAGUCAAUCGCGUGCAAAGAACCAUUUGCAGGAGAAAAAUGCGAAUCGGACAAGGAAAACGAAGAAGAAGAAAUUGUGCAGUCAAGCCAAGUAUUUUUACGAGAAGUGACCACGAUUCAAAUGAAUAUUAGUUCGCUGGUUAAUGAGACGAUUAAUGCAAGCAAAUUUUGUACGCAAGAUUUCUUGGAUCCGUGCAAAUUUGAUGUGUUCAAAAGCAACGUGACGGCAUCGCAAUAUUUGCAACUCAAACGACCAGAUAAGAAUGGCAGAGAAACGAGUCUGGCAGUGAAUUCGACCAGAGCUGAAACCGCUGCCAUGGCCGCAGAUGAAAAACCUAGCCCAUCGUUUGAGCAGAAUACGGAAAUGAUUGAAGAUCAAUUGUUGGCUCAAAUGGUAUUCACGACACAAGCGUUGGCCAAAAAUACGGAAUUGAUCGAAGAUCAACUACUGGCUGGAAUUCAUGAGAACGACGAUUUGGAUAUUUCAGAGCAACUGAAUGAGUGCAUCGAUCCCGAUUCAAGUGCCUUAAAUAUAUUUUCGGAUGAAGAUGAUAAAGAAAACAUUCAGAAUGUUCAAAAUGAAGUGAAGAAAACCGAACCCAAAGAAACUGAACGCAAAGUACAAGCGGCUACAACUCCAAGCCACAGCUCGAUCACCGCAGUGAAAAGAUUAGAAACAAUUCAACACAGUCCAGUCACAGCGGCCAACUUCUACUCGAUGGGUCCGUAUUUCGGUCUGCCACUGAAAGUGAAGAAGCUCAUCAAAACAUACAAAAAUAUCGACGAUUUGUAUGACUGGCAAAAAGAAUGUCUUCAGCUUCCGGCGAUCGAACAAAAGCGAAACUUGAUCUACGCCCUCCCGACAAGUGGUGGAAAAACGUUGGUAUCAGAGAUUUUGAUAUUUCGUGAGAUAUUGUGCCGUAAAAAGUCGUGCCUGUUCAUUCUUCCGUACGUUUCAAUUGUUCAAGAGAAAGUGUGGUCUCUGUCGCCAUUCGCAUUGGAACUGGGAUUCAUGAUUGAAGAGUACGCAGCCGGAAAAGGCUCGGUGCCGCCACGCAAACGACGAAAUAAGAAGCCGGUCUACAUUGCGACAAUUGAAAAGGCACUUGUGAUGUUUGAUAGCCUAAUUGAAGCGGGCCGUGCCAACGAAAUCGGACUUGUGAUUAUUGACGAACUUCAUAUUAUUGGAGAAUCCGGUCGUGGUGCUGUGUUGGAAUCAUUGCUGACGAAGAUUCAAUUUAUCAAAGCUGAUAUACAAAUCGUUGGAAUGAGUGCAACCAUUGGUAAUCUCGCAGAAUUAGCUGGUUUCUUGGAUGCUGACGUAUACCAGAAAGACUUUCGCCCAGUUGAAUUGCGUGAAUUCAUAAAGUGUGGAUCAGAUCUGCUCGAAGUCAAAAAAGGAGAGGACAUUGAAAAUGCAUUUGUGCCGGAAAGAACGAUCUCAUUCAAGUACAAAGAAAACGCGCUCAAAAAAGACCCAGACCACGUGGCUGGAUUGGUUUCGGAAGUAAUUCCCGAAAAAUCGUGCUUAAUUUUCUGCUCGACAAAGAAAAACUGCGAAAGCCUUGCAAGGCUGCUGUGUGAUAUGCUUCCGAAAAAAUUUACUGAACACAAACUAGCCGAACGAGAAAAUUUGAUCAAAGCCAUCGAAAGUGAUAUGGACAGUGCGAUUUGUCCAAUUCUUGGCCGAAGUAUUAUGUGUGGCAUCGCAUAUCAUCACUCGGGACUGACGGCAGAUGAACGUCGUCAUUUGGAAGAAGCCUUUCGAUGCGGCGUUCUCUGUGUGAUUUGUUGUACAUCGACGCUAGCCGCUGGUGUUAAUUUACCGGCAAAACGUGUCAUCAUUCGAUCGCCAUACGUUGGCAAAGAUUUCAUUACGCUUAGCAAGUACAAACAAAUGGUUGGCCGAGCCGGUCGAGCUGGAUUUGGUGAGACUGGUGAGAGCAUUAUGAUAUGCAAUUAUCAAGACAACCAGAGAGUAUGUGAACUUUUAUGCUCGCCGAUGGAUGAGGUUGUCAGUCAAAUGCCGAGCAGCGAUUCGCGAGCAUUUGAAGCGAUGAUUUUGAGUGCGAUUGGCUUGAAUAUCGCAUCAACACAAGCAGAGCUUCAGAGCCUGGUCGCCCGAACUAUGUUCAAUAUUCAAGCGGAUCGUUUCAGUGGCAUUGGCGUAAAGGCUCUAACGAAUGACAUUAUCGAGAAACUCAUCCGAUCCAAGGCAAUCACAGCACAAACAGACAACACACCACAGAUCAUCAGCCCAAACACAUCGACACCAAGUGCCCACGAUUCAAGCUUCAGCAAAGAGAUUGACUUAAGUCAGAGAAAAUGCCUCGUUCUGAAAUCGUCAACGAAACUACAAGUGGAAAUGCUUGGCAAAUCAUCAUUCAAAUCGGGAAUUGAUUUCAAUCGAUCGAAAAUCGUAUACAUCGAUCUGCAACGAGCUCAACGAAGUCUCGUUUUACUCGACUACUUUCAUUUGCUACACAUUGUCACGCCGUAUGAUGACAACAAUCCACCGCCAAUGCCUGAUCGAAACGUAUUUUAUAAUAAGUACACUCAGUUGGACCAAAAUCAACAGCACACGGCGAAAAUUGUUGGCGUAUCCGAGUCGACAGCAAGCAAAUUGAUGUCGGGUCAAGCAUUCAAGGAGGAACAAGAGCGCAUCAUAAAGAAAUUCUUCAUGACAAUGGUAUUGAAUGAGCUAUGGCAUCUCAAGCCAGUAGCAGAAGUGGCCAUUUCGUUUGGGAUCGAUCGUGGCAUUGUACAGAAUCUCAUGGGAAUGGCUUCGAUAGAAGCAAGUUGCCUGCUCAAAUUCUGCGAGGAACUCGAAGAAUUUUGGGCUUUUCGUGAAUUGUUCAAAAAUCUGUCGCAAAGAUUGAGCAACAUCUCAACCGUUGAGCUGGUGCCAUUGAUGCAGUUGCCGUCCGUUAAAAUGGGACGAGCGAAGCAGCUGUACAAUGCUGGUUAUAAGAAGAUUGAGGACAUUGCUAGAGCAAAGCCAAAAGAUUUGGUGUCCAACAUUGAACACAUGACAAACCGCCUGGCACAUCAGCUAGUGUCAGCAGCGAAGGUGAUGCUGUUGGAAAAACUCGAGAAUCUCCAGGAAGAAGCACAAGAGUGCAUGGAAAUUUACCUCACUUAGAAUGUUUCUUAUCAAAGCAUAACGAACUGAAGCAAACAGUUUAAUACAAAAUAUGUAAAACUCUGACAAAAACAACCGAUCUAAUUUAUAUAUUUUUGGGAAAAAAUGUGAAUAUUUCUAAAAUAAAAACCAAACCAUUCUUUAUUCGAACCAA